AUGGCUCUAACUGCAAAUCUGAGUGAGGAGGGACUGAGUGCAGCCAGUGCCCGAGCCACUGGGCUGCUGGACAGGGACAUAGAUGCUGUUUGUGUUGCUCCUAGACAUGUAGAAAGAUCGGACUUUCAGUCGUUCUUUGAAAAACUAAAACAUCAAGAGGAAAUAAAAAAUCUAAGAGCAGUUGAAGAUGCAUAUGUACCAGUUGUCAAGUUUGAGUUUGAUGGCAUAGAGAUUGAUCUCGUGUUUGCAAGACUGUCUGUGCCAACUGUUUCUGGUAAUCUUGAUCUCAGAGAUGACUCACAUCUCAGAAGCCUGGAUAUAAUAUGUAUACGGAGCUUAAAUGGUUGCAGAGUUACUGAUGAAAUACUACACCUAGUGCCAAAUAAAGAGAACUUCUGGCUCACGCUCUGUGCAAUUAAACUGGGGGCAAAACGAUGUGGCAUUUACUCCAAUAUGCUGGGAUUUCUUGGUGGGGUUUUCUGGGCCGUGCUAGUAGCAAGAACGUGUCAGCUCUAUCCAAACGCUUUGGCUUCUACUCUGGUUAACAAGUUCUUGUUUUUUUCAAAACGGGAGUGGCCAAAACCUGUAUUGCUGAAACAACAUGAAGAGAGCAAUCUUAAUUUACCAGUAUGGGACCCUAGGGUGAACCCGUCAAACCGAUAUCAUGUAAUGCCUAUCAUCACCCGAGCCUAUCCACAGCAGAACUCUACGUACAACGUAUCUACAUCAACGUGAGCGGUAAUGGUAGAGGAGCUCAAACAUGGUCCUGCGGUUACAAAUGAGAUUCUCCAAGGAAAAUCAGACUGGUCAAAGCUCUUUGAACCACUGAACUUCUUUCAGAAAUACAAACAUUAUAUUGUGCUGACUGCUAGUGCCUCUACUGAAGAGCAUCACUUAGAGUGGAGUGGAUAUGUGUCAAUGUGGUUUCUUGGAAUCGUAUUUAGGAAAGUGGAAAAUGCAGAAAGUGUUAACAUUGAUUUAACGUACGUUAUAUGGUCGUUCAAAGAUACAGUUUACAGCCAGGCUAACCACCUCAAUGUGCUAAAGGAAGGUAUGAAGAUUGAGGCAGCUCAUGUGAAGAGAAAGCAUCUCCACUAUUUUUUGUUACAGAAAAGAAAAAAGCAAAGCAUGCCAUGUACUAGUCAAAAUGCUCAUGGGCUUCAGUGCAAAAGGACUUCUUCAGAUGGAAGCCGUUUGGACAGUUGCAGAGACGUGGACUCCAGAACACCAGAUAAUUCCUCUUCGUUACAUAAGGUUUCUAAAUUGGACACUUCUACAGCAGAGAGAGAAAGAAAUGCCGUGUAUCAGAAAUCUAAUGGUACUAACAACAGAGAGAAGAUACCUCGUGUAGUUGUGCCAUCAGUGUCUAACGGACUCUCCAUUCCUGUUACUGAUUCAAAAGUGGAGGCUACAGUUGCAAUAAGAACAUUGGGACCUCCAGUUGGUUGCACCAUUCCAGGACAUAACACAAUUUCUCAACUCAGAGCACAUUUUGUCCAAGGACAGCGUGAAUUAAGUGGGACUCUGAUUACAGAUCCUAAGAAUGCUGCACCUAAACGACCUUAUUCACCGACCACUGAAGGACCUCAUUCACCUACAUCAGAAGUGCCCCCAAAAACCAGUAGACAGAGAAAAGUUAACUGGCCAGGAUUCAGCAUUCAAAGAUGGUGGCAAUCCAGAAGAUGUCAGCAGCAGAUCUACAGACAAUGUAAUUUUGAAGGGGUUUUACUCAGUGGACUAACUGGAAAGCUGAAUGGACUGUUCUAGUGCCUAGACUACCUCACAUAAAUACUGUACGCAUUUGUUGAUGUAAACAAAAAUAUGCUUUUUAGUUUAACUUAUUUCAGUCUUCAUUUCCCAAAUAUAUUCUUGUAAGAGUUAUCCUUAUUAGUCUUUUUAAAAGUCUUACCUGUCACUAGCUGAAACAGCUUUUGAAAAAGCCACAAAAACCAACCUGUCCUGUGACUUGGAUUCAGAAUGUAUGUAAACAGGUUAACUAGUCACUGCAACCACAUUGUGGUUUCAAGUGUGUAUGAGCGUGCUUGUAUUCAUUUGUGCUUUCCUAGUGCAUGUGCAUAUAUUAUUCUUAUCUUAAAUUAUUUUCCUGUUGGGCACAUACACUCCUGUGCAUGUAUCACAAUGGUGCUCAGCUUCCUCAGCUAGUAGCUUUCCACUGCCUAACACAGCCAUGCACUACCCAAGUAUUGCCUCCCACGGAGGCCCAUAAAUAAUUUAAAUAUUGAAGAAACUGCAGCAGAGGAUGCUACCAAGGUAUGGAGAUGAUAGACAUGUCCCAUGCCAUUGUAUCUGAUUUUUGUCUUAAGACUGCUGCAGCAUGAGACUUGAGGGGUUUCUUUGUUGUCACUGGGUAGUAAAGCUAAACUCAGAACACACAGCUGAAGAUGUAACUUAAACAUUGCAAUAGCCAAGGCUGUUGUGACACUGCUACCCACUUGCAAGGUACAGUCUUGAAAGCAGUUGGCAUGCAGAAAUUGGUUUCAGAUAAACCCUGAAAGCUGUUCUACAUGGUUACAUGAAAACUUGUAGUCUGAAGGUCCAGUUCUGUGAACUGAUAACACUGCUUACCCAGUUAAGUGCGUUAGGGUUUUUUGAGGGGUGGGGAGAAAUUCUGAUCAUAUGAAACAAAUGUUAUGCUAUCUGUCUAUUGUAAUUUCUUUAUAACUUGGUGUUUUUGUAAAUGAAGUUGUACAUUUUUCCAGAGUAUUUUUGUAUGUACUGUAAAAUACUGUCUUCCAAAGAGAAAUUUAAAAUCUUCAGUCUUU